AAAAAUCCAAAAGGAGAGAACUCGAUGGCAGCUCCGACGAUCAGAACCGUCGCAUGUUACCGCACUCACCAAGAGCACUCGGUCGAUUUCUUUGGAAACGAGUUCAUUGUCACCGUGACACCGGAUUCUUCCGUCAUCAGUCGAUGGAUUCGCGACGUCCUCUUCAACAACCGUUUCUCCCCUCACCCUCUCGUCGUUGGAGUCGGCGUCCAGUGGACACCGUUUACUUAUUACUCCGAUCCUCCGCCGGGUGAUUAUUACGCAGAUUCUCCUCCGGGUGAUUACUACACCGAACCUCCUCCGGGUGAUUACUGCGCCGAUCCUCCUCCGCCAGCUGGUGGAUACUACUCCGAUAAUCCAGCGGAUGUUCUCCAGUUAUGCGUGGGAAACAGAUGUAUCAUCAUCCAGCUAGGUUACUGUGACCAAGUCCCCAACAGUCUACGGAGUUUCCUGACGGAUCCAGAAACCACGUUCGUAGGCGUAUGGAAUGGUCAAGAUGCAGGGAAGCUGGCUCAAUCUUGUCACCAGUUGGAGAUCGGAGAACUUGUCGACAUAAGGCGGUACGUGAAUGAUUCCUGGGGAAGGAGCAUGAGGGGUUGUUCAUUUGAAGAGAUUGUCGAGGAAUGUAUGGGUUAUCAAGGAGUGAGGCUAGAUCCGGAGAUAAGCAUGAGUGAUUGGGCUGUUUUUAACCUUGACCACGAUCAGAUUCUUCAGGCGUCGUUGGAUGCUUACGUUUGCCAUCUUCUUGGCGUUUGGGCUCGUCUUUGGGAAGCUUGAAAAUAAAAAGUACUAUACCCAAAUGAAUCAAUUGUAGCUUGCGCUUGAAUCUUUUCUAUGUUUUUUCGUUGACCUGUGGUUUGAAACUUCUUUUUCUAAGCAUGUGAGAAAAAUAAACUGUUUUUGCUUCUCUCGUUAAUUCCAUAACUCUUUCGUUUAUCACAA